AUGGACUACACAGACAAAGCGGGUUCAAUAACGGACCUGCUGAGCAAACCUGGGAAUGGACAAUGUGCCGACUGCCAAAAACGACUUGAUUUGGAAAAUGCUUGGGGCGUUCUACGUUUUGGAGUCUUGGUUUGCCAGGACUGUAAAUUGGUGCACAUCGCUCUUGAGUCACAGCAAAGAGCAUCGGGUGGAGAAGAUCCCGGAAUUCUAUCCUGCGCAAAGUCUCAGGUGUGGACAACCGAGGACAUCGGAAAGUUCCUCUUGAACGGAAACGAAGCUGUCAACAAAAAGCUGUUGCCCGCGUUUCCAGUUUGGACUUACCAGCCGACACCGAACGAUUCCAUCUCGCUCAAGGAGCAGUGGAUCAGUCAGAAAUACAAGACCAGAACUGAGGAGGAAAAUGAGAAGCUGAAACAGCCUCCGAAACAUGCUGGGAAUGAAAUUCAUCCAAUUCAGUUUUGUCGACGAUCAAAGAGCGGCAACGAGCCUUGCGCAGCUAUUUUGCACAAGGACAAGCUCUACCUCCGAUCUGAAAAGCGAAAAGAAGACGUCUCCAUCCUCGACGUCGAAACGGCCCUGCUCACUCAAGACAACGGCAUCAUGUUGGCCUACCGCGACAGAGCAGGAGCCUCGGACGAAUACCGUUUUGCUCAUUUGAACCACGACGAUCCGAGUGUUGUCCUUGACUGGGUCAACACCUUGCUCUAUAUGAAAUAUUGCAUACUCAAGCAGGACAAUCCCAACAGUCGUGAUACGGACAUCGGAAAACUACUGAACCGAUACAUUGUCCGCCAGAGCUAUGUAACCGCCGGUACACAAGAUCAUCCACAACUCCUGUUUUUCGUGCUUUCUGAAUCCCGACUUGCCGUCUUUGAGCACCACUUAGACGAAAAGCCAAAAUAUCAAACUCGAAUCUACCAAAACCAUCUCUCAAGCGUCCAAUACUUGACAGAAGUUGGAAACGCUCUUCAAAUCCAAGUUGAAAAAGUUUACGGAUACGAUGAGUGGCUCCAGGCCCUUGAUUUAGCGAUCGGCAAACCUGCCAAUCAAGUUCAACCGACUUCAUAUUCAAGUUUCAACGUUCAAAAUGCUCUGACAGGUCGCAACAACACUGUCGGCCCGAUUAUGCCUCCUUCAACUGUCGAUACUAAAAUUCCGACAACCGCUGCGCGGCCAGAUCGUAUUUCGCCGAAUGAGCCGGCGCAGACACAAUCACAGACCUUCAAAAUCAAGGAACAUUGCUAUCCUGCUAUACCGCCAAUGGGCGAGAUGGGGAAAGUUCACCGAGGAGAGCUAUCUAUGGAAGCAAUAAAACCUGUUGUUUCCAAGCAACCACAAAACGGCUUCAAAGAUGGAAAUGAAAACGGCGCACCUUCCGUUCUGCAGGCAAAGCCACAGCAAGUGAAUCAUCAGCAGUAUGACAUGAAGCCAAAGGAGCUUCCUUCUACCUUUGCUACUCAUUGCUAUCCACCUAUCGGUCCAGGCCACAAUAAUCCUUCUGUUUCACGUCCUCUACCGCCAAGUGGACCUUCUGGAGCAUACAAUCGAGGCUCUCAACCUCCACCGGUGAUCCCAAGACACCCAGGAAGCCAGGACUUCAUCCCAGACUAUCAAAAUCGAUAUGACCGUCGACCUUCUCACCCUAUCGGCCAGUACGGCGGUCCACCGCCUCCUUCGAAAAACUACGACCGAUACCCGCCACCUUCUCAUCAAAACGGGCAGGCCCCAGACUUCCUCCGUUCUAACUCAGUGCCAAAUCACAAUUUUAAUCAAAACCAGAUGAAUCGCCCUCCAUGGGAGCGUAGUAACAGUUCCAAGAAUCAUUAUUUUUCCAACAGUUCAAAUCAUUCUUCACCAAGUCCGCCGAACCAGUGGUCAAACCAGCGUCCGCCCUCUGGAAACUGGGAUAUGAGACCGAACCAGUUCAAACCAUCUUCUGUAUCUCCAUCAGGACCUCCUAAUUGGGGCUCUUCUGGAGACAUUCAGACAAACUCUCGAUCAGCAACUCCUGAAAUUUGGAGACGAGCCGAGCUUCAGAUCACCGAUCUUAUCAUGAAUGGAAUAGUGCCAGCGUCAGACAUGCGGACAGCAGGCCUAGAUAUUGACCCGAAUCAAUAUGCCCACGCACAGUAUUGUGCGGAAGAGCUCUACAACGCGAUCAAGGAUGAAAAAUACGAGAUGGCUCUCAGCUUCCUUCGAGGAUUCCGUGAAGUGUUCCCGGACCUCGAACGAACAGCGAAUCACCGAUCUGUUCUUGAGUAA